AGCAGAGUCUCUCCCACUGCCAGGCAGUCUUAAGGGCUUAUGAUUAAUUACUCCGGAGUCUAAGAGUUGUCAGCUCUUUGGGUAUCCAAUAAAUUAGAAGCUCCUGAAAGUUUUACGCACACACUCAGGUGAGCACGCAUGGACACGGACCACUGCGCACCUUUUUCCGCGGCCGCGCCUCUUUAUAAAGAUGAUCUGUAUUUGGAGCGGCAGGGCUACUCUUCUCCACCUCGUAUUGUAGCAGCAGUGGAGUCUGUGUGGUGCACGAUACCUCUCUGCAUUGCCUUGAUGUCGUUACUCAAGACGGCGUUUUGGGGGAAAUUUGAAGGUUUAUAAGUGCUCCCUAUACGGUUGGAAGACAGACGAUCCGCAUGGAUAGUGGAAAUGGCCCAGUGACAGUUAUGGAUGAGAGUCCCACAUCUAGCCCCAGCUCCAGCCCCAGUCCUGACAUGCUGACCACCGACAGUCGACGUCCGGAGGCCCUGCAGCACUCCAGGGUGGUCCAGGCCGGUGGGCUCGGUGGCAGAGGGCGACCGGCAGCGGCCAACGCAGCACGGGAGAGGAGUCGAGUGCAGACCCUGAGAAGCGCAUUCCUGGAGCUACAGAGGACUCUUCCGUCGGUGCCACCGGACACAAAACUGUCCAAGCUCGACGUGUUGAUUUUGGCCACCACGUAUAUUGCCCAUCUGACUCGGACCUUGCAAGAGGAGGGGAUGGAGGAGGGAGAGAGCAAUAGACAAACAGAGGCCUUACACUCGCUGAAAGGUGAAGGUUACCUGCACCCUGUGAAAAAGUGGCCAAUGCGAUCCAGGUUAUACGUCGGCGCCAGCGGUCAGUUUCUGAACAAUUCAAAACAGACAGAAAAUCAAGGCGCAUCAUCGUCGACCUCGCAGACAUAAAUGUAUCCACUGCAUAAGGGACUUCUAAUUCAGACGACCAUUAAUUAGUAAGACUCUUUCAGCUAAAUCCACCCAUGAGGACUUAUGAAAUGGACAGCAGAUUCGUCGUCUGACAGUGCUUAUUAUUUUUAUUUAUCAAACAACUGAAGUCUGCUUUUGACUUCAGUAUUUUCAUGUAAAGGAGACAGUCACGACUCUUUCAAUAGUAGGAACACAUUGUAAAUUAAUAUAUUAUGUGAUUAUGUAUAUAAAAUCUGAGAAAGCCUGAAUAUUGUUGCUCUUAUUUUGGCCAUGCUGUGUUUCUGCUCUGCUUUCUGCUGUUCUGUGCCUGUUGGAGAUAUUAACGUGUGUAUACUUUUUAGAAAAUCCGUGUCUGGUGUAAUGAACAUUUGCACUAAAUGCAUGUGUGAAUAACUUAACAUCUGUCAUGUGAAGUGAUCUGUCAGAAUCUCAACAAUGGUAGGAGCCUCAUCUUUUUUUAUUACGUAAAUGUUUGUAAAGGUGUAUUUUGAUAAUGACUUGAGAAAUAGAAAUAAGACAUGUCUCCCACUCCAUCGGUUGUAAAUAAGUUUACUGAGAUGUAUUUGUUCUAAGUGGCCUAAAUAAUCAUGUUCUGUAAUUUAAGACAAGCUUUAUCUCUUAAAACAAUCAAGAGGGAUUCCAUUUUAUUAUUUGCCUAACAAGGGAAUUAUGAGUUGACAUUCUUUGGAAAUAUGCCAUUUUUUUCAUGUAUGUGCAGUCAGAUAUAUAUUUUACACAAAUGCACAAUUUUGCAACCACAACAAACUCCUCAUUACAAUAAAUGUUAAUGCAUUUCAA